AUGUCUUCUUCGGCGGUAUACAUUUUGGAUGUUAAAGGCAAAGUCCUUAUAUCUAGAAACUAUCGCGGCGAUGUCGAUUUGGGUGUGAUCGAUAAGUUUAUGCCAUUAUUAAUGGAAAAAGAAGAAGAAGGAAUGUUAACGCCAUUAUUACAAACUAGCGAAUGUACCUUUGCUUACAUUAAAACAAACAAUUUAUACAUUGUAUCGACAACAAAGAAAAAUGCUAACAUAGCAUUAGUUUUUGUUUUCUUAUACAAAAUCGUUGAGGUCAUGACUGAGUAUUUCAAGGAACUUGAGGAGGAGAGCAUUCGUGACAAUUUUGUUGUUAUUUAUGAGUUGCUCGAUGAAUUACUUGACUUUGGCUAUCCACAAACUACAGAUAGUAAAAUAUUGCAAGAGUAUAUAACCCAGGAAGGUCACAAACUUGAAAUGCAACCACGCAUUCCAAUGGCAGUGACAAAUGCUGUAUCAUGGAGGUCAGAGGGCAUAAAAUAUCGUAAAAAUGAAGUAUUCCUUGAUGUAAUAGAGUCAGUUAAUCUUCUAGCUAACUCAAAUGGUAAUGUUCUAAGGAGUGAAAUAGUUGGAGCCAUAAAAAUGAGAGUGUAUCUAUCUGGUAUGCCUGAAUUGCGUCUUGGUCUUAAUGACAAAGUACUUUUUGAAAGUACUGGAAGAGGAAAAUCUAAAUCUGUUGAAUUAGAGGAUGUGAAAUUCCAUCAAUGUGUCAGAUUAUCCCGAUUUGAAAAUGACAGGACUAUAUCUUUCAUUCCCCCUGAUGGAGAGUUUGAACUUAUGUCUUACAGACUUAAUACACAUGUGAAGCCACUGAUAUGGAUAGAAUCAGUUAUUGAACGCCAUGCGCACUCUAGAGUUGAGUACAUGAUCAAGGCAAAGUCUCAGUUUAAAAGACGGUCCACAGCAAAUAAUGUUGAAAUAAUAAUUCCUGUCCCAGCUGAUGCUGAUUCUCCAAAGUUCAAAACUACUAUUGGGAGUGUGAAGUAUACACCCGAACAAAACGCUAUAACCUGGUCUAUUAAAUCUUUUCCUGGUGGUAAGGAAUACUUAAUGAGAGCUCACUUUGGACUUCCAUCAGUUGAAUGUGAAGAAACUGAUGGCAAACCACCGAUUCAGGUUAAAUUUGAGAUUCCAUACUUUACCACAUCUGGUAUUCAAGUUCGCUACUUGAAGAUUAUUGAAAAGAGUGGUUACCAGGCCCUACCUUGGGUAAGAUAUAUCACCCAAAACGGCGAUUAUCAACUUAGAACUAACUAA